UUUUAGGAAAUUUGAAUUGUAAUCAAAUCACAAAUUGGAGCCGGUUUGUUUGAGUAUAGUUAAGAAAUUCUUCUACGAUAAAAUAACACCUAUUCCAUAAGAUGAUAAGACGUAUCCCUCGUUAUCGGACCAGUUUAGUUUCAGCCUCAUUUCAAGAAAGAAUUUAAAGCGAGUUCCACCACAAUUUCCGACAGUUCGGAACAACAAUUUCAGCAGAAUAUUCCUUGCAAGAACAUCAAGAUAAGGAUUCGUUCAACUUGACGUCUAAAAAAGCGCUAGUUUCACAACUCUCUUUCGAAGUAAUAAGAUGAAUAGAAUUGACCCAAGAUAAACGUUAUCAAUAACAACAACUCAAAAUUGGAAGCAACCUUGUCUUACUGUUGAAUUUGCGGCGUCUGAACGAUUUUUGUGACAGUUCCUCAAGAAAGAUGUCGCUCUGCAGAUUAAACGAAGGUGGUGAGAAUGAGGGUAAAGUUUGUGAGUUUACGAUAAAUAAACAUCUUGGCACUUUUCUACCCGCUGUGAACAGUCUUGAUGAUCUGAUUGGCGAAUUGAAGGUACUUUUUAACAGUGACAGAGUGAAUGUGGAAUAUUUAAAUUAUCUGAUGAAGACUUAUAAGUCGAAACCUGCUGACUGGAAAAAAUACGCAAAAUUCGACAGAUACAGGUACACAAGAAAUUUGGUCGACAGCGGUAAUGGAAAGUAUAAUCUGAUGUUACUUUGUUGGGGUGAAGGACAUGGCUCAGGCAUUCAUGAUCAUGCGGACUCACAUUGCUUCAUGAAAGUACUUCAGGGAUCUAUAGAAGAAGUUAAAUUUGCCUGGCCCAACAGUGAAGGAGAAGAACUGAAAGAAAUUGGGAGAAAAAAAUUAGAAUUAAAUGACACAUGUUAUAUCAACAAUUCCAUUGGUCUACAUAGAGUGGAAAAUUCUUCAAACGUUGACACCGCUAUCAGCCUUCAUCUCUAUUGUCCGCCAUAUGACAAGUGUUUAGUUUUUAACAAAAAUACUGCACAAACAAGUGUAUCAACCGUUACGUUCUACUCUAUGUACGGAGUAAGACUCAAGGGGGCCAAUAAACCUGUACCAGAGCCAGAAGAUAACUAACCUACAUUUUAUGAAACGAAUCCUUCAUGAAGGAUAAUUUUAAUUAGUCAAUCUAUGUUUUGCUCUUUAAUGUUUAAUUUAAUUGUUUUUAACGUACUCUUCGAUGAAGAAAAUAUUAGUGUAGCUGUUUCGAAAAUUAAACAUGUUAUGUUAUA